CCCGAAAUAGCAAGAGUGCCCCAGAAAUGCAAAUAGCAGUAGCUGCAAUAGCAACCUCAAAGGCUCCUGCUUUACCAAAGUUCCACCGUUUUGUCGAUGACCCUCUCCAACUUAAGCACUCCCAUAAUCUAUCUUUCCAUUCACACCCCGGAAACCUACCCCCCGCGGCGGUCAGAGCAACCCCUUUUCCCGCCAGCGCAUUUCUGUUCCCGAUUGAGAGGGCAAUUGAAGAAGAAGAGGAGUACAGGAAAGCUCGGGAUCAGGUGAAUCGGAAUGCUAUGGAUGCUGGCGGGUAUACGUUUGAGGGAAUGUCCGUUGGCGGCCACGAGACCUGUGUUAUUGUUCCUCAGCUGAAGUGCGUCUUCGACAUUGGGAGGUGCCCUUCUAGGGCUGUAUCGCAGAAUUUCUUGUUCAUCACUCACGCUCAUCUUGAUCACAUUGGUGGACUUCCAAUGUAUUUGGCAACUCGUGGCUUGUAUAACUUGAAACCUCCAACUGUAUUUGUGCCUCCUUGCAUAAAAGAUGAUGUAGAAAAGUUACUUGACAUUCACAGAUCCAUGAGUCAAGUUGAGCUUAGUCUGGAUUUGGUUGCUUUGGAAAUAGGGGAUACAUAUGAAUUGCGGAAUGAUCUUGUGGUUAGGCCAUUCAGAACUCACCAUGUCAUACCCAGCCAGGGUUAUGUCAUCUACUCUUUGCGGAAGAAGUUGAAAAAGCAAUAUCUACACCUUCAGGGUAAACAGAUCGAGAAACUGAAGAAAUCUGGAACUCAGAUUACAGAUAUUAUACUGUGUCCUGAGGUGGCCUUCACUGGAGAUACUACAUCAGAUUUUUAUGUUGAUCCCAAAAGUGCCGAUGCCUUGAGAGCAAAAGUUCUUAUCACUGAGGCAACUUUUUUGGAUGAAAGUGUCAGCAUUGAGCAUGCACGAGAGCAUGGCCAUACUCAUAUAUCCGAGAUAAUGGAGCAUGCCCAGUUGAUUCGAAGUAAAACAGUUGUGCUAACCCAUUUCUCUCCACGCUACAAUCUAGAGGACAUCCGCAAAGGUGUGUCAAAGCUGCAACCUAAGUUGACUGCCAAAGUAGUUACUCUAACAGAAGGCUUCAAAUCAAUGCACACAUAGAACUUUGUAACCAACUAGGUGGAGCAUACCGUUGUCAUGCUUAGCCAUGGUGUGUACAUACACUCACGUAUUCGAAGGGAAAGUCAACCUCACUUGAACCAGUACUACACAAAGAAGUAAUAUGGAGUAUCUUUUAAGUUUGAGAAGUGUAGUUGGGAAAAUAGAACUGGUGAUGGCAUGUUGUGCGGUGAGUUUGCUACUGAGUUGUAGAAAGCAUUGAGCUUUUGUAAUAGCAUGUGUCCGCCACAGGGAAAAGUCUCAUAUGUUGAGUCGGGCAAUCGGCACUUGUGACUUGCUCUAAUAAUGUGACAAUUGUGAGAGCAUACAACUUUGCAAAACAUGUACCACUAUGCUGAAUCGGCAUUGUGUAGGUAUAAUAUAUAUCACUUCCCAUGACACAUGAUGUAGCUAUUUUCAGGCAGACAUACACGAUUCAUUUGGCAGCAAACAUGCCAGUGUUGAGGAUGAUUAGACUUUUCUCAGAAAUGUUGUUCAAUCUGCAGACUUGAUAAAUCAGUUAUCCAGUUGUAUAAUUAUAUCCUUCAAGAUUUGAAGUGCCUUUCACACUAGUGGUAGAGCAUAGAGGUUCAAUUUUUUCAGAAUGGAGGUUUAAAGUUAUUGCUGAUAAAACAAGAUGGUGGUGAUAGUGAAAUCAGGAGCAAAAAAGUUACUACGUAUUUGUCAAGGAAUCUUAUUCUGUUAUUAUCGUAUAUACGAAAAGUAUGACGGGUGGGGUGCGGCUGUUAAUAUCUUAUUCUUUGGGUUGCAAAUGCAGAUAGAGAACAUUUAAACUUGUCUUGCUCGAGUAAACUCCCUCUUGUCGUCUUCUUCCAUUUGGGAGAUGAAAUUUGGGAGAAAUGUUGCGUUGGUCAGUUGGAAGCAUAGAACGUUGAUAUCUCAUAUUUACUACAUAACUUGAGAAAAGGUGAGAGUUAUACAUUUGUAAUCUCUUGCUUCAUACUUGAAUGACUCAAUAAUAGUUUACUUUGCAGCUAAGUUACAUAAUUAUGAUCAUUUACAUUUUGAUCAAAAACAUAAUUACACAAAAAAUGGUACAAAACUACAAAUUAUUGUAGAUUUGUAGGGCUUCUUUUGAGCAAAAUUAUUUUACUUGCACAUAUCAUACAAUUUACACAAUGACCAAGAGAGAAGAAAACAAUGAAUUGGGUCAUGUGCAUAUA